CUACAUUCAAGAAGCUUUACGAAUGAAAUUUGUAAGGAAAUCUGGGAAAACGAAUCUCUAUAGGAAGGAUUUUUUAAAACCGUUUGCAAAAUAUGGCGACUGAUCUCAAUGAGAAUCUGAAUACCAAAUUUCUUACACCAAAACAAAUUAUGGCGAGCGAAGGAGAGACGCAUUUUUGUACGAGGGAAGGAUGCGAAAAUCAAUCUAAACUCCAGUGUCCAACAUGUUUAAAACAAGGCAUACAAGGGAGCUAUUUCUGCUCACAAGAUUGUUUUAAGAAUGUGUGGAACGAUCACAAAAAGAAGCACAAAAAAUCUGGAAAUAAAGUGUCAGCUGAUAGAUAUGAUCCGUGGCCUGGUUAUCGAUUUACUGGUCAGCUACGUCCAGCUAAACUGAGUGCAAAAAGGGAAGUUCCUGCUCAUAUAGAACGUCCAGAUUACGCUGAAACAGGAAAUCCAAUCAGUGAAUUGGAACUUCGAGGAAAUACCAUGAUCAAAAUUUUAAAUGAAGAGGAGAUUAAAGGAAUGCGUGUUGCAUGCCAGUUGGGACGUGAGGUUCUCGACGAAGCAGCCAAAAUGGUCAAAGUUGGGAUAACAACAGAUGAAAUUGACAAAGUUGUUCACGAGGCUUGUAUCAAAAGAAAUUGUUAUCCAUCGCCAUUAAACUAUCACGGCUUUCCUAAAUCAUGUUGUACGUCAAUCAACGAAGUUAUAUGUCAUGGUAUUCCAGAUAAGCGAGCAUUGGUCGAUGGCGAUAUUCUAAACAUCGACAUCACGGUGUACCACAAUGGUUUCCAUGGCGACCUGAAUGAGACGUUUUUUGUGGGGGAUGUUGACGAGGAGAGUAAAAAGCUUGUCAAGAUUACCCACGAGUGUCUCUACGAGGCUAUUAAACUAGUGAAACCUGGUGUCCGCUAUCGAGAAGUUGGUAACAUUAUUCAAAAACACGCUAAUAACAAUGGUCUAUCUGUCGUGAGAACUUACUGUGGCCAUGGCAUUCAUAGGUUAUUCCACACAGCACCCAAUGUUCCCCAUUAUUCGAAAAACAAAGCGGUCGGGGUUAUGAAAAAAGGUCACGUGUUCACGAUUGAGCCAAUGAUAAACAUGGGCACGUGGCGGGAGGAUGUAUGGCCCGACAACUGGACUGCUGUAACCCAGGAUGGUAAAAGAUCUGCUCAGUUUGAACAAACAUUGCUGGUUACGGACACUGGAUGUGAUAUACUCACUAAGAGAUUGGAUGCUGAUGGGGCGCCUUAUUUCGAAACUCAAAGUUCAAGGACUACAUGAGUGAUAUUGAUACAUUUUUAUCCGAUAAAAAAGUUCCCGCAAAAAUUGUCAAUUGAGUGAGGAAAAUUAAAACGCGACUGUCUAUAGUGUUCUUAUACGGUGGUUCACGCAUCUGAUGAUAUGAUAUGGAAAUAAAUUUGAAUAAAUUUUUCUUACUUGAGGUUGGAAUUUUUUUGUCAUUUUGCAAAACGCAAAAAUAUGUUUCAAAUACGGAUAUUGCGGUAAAAACUUGCAUGGGCAAGAUUGAGCCCACAAAUAAGCCUGUCCGCGGUUCCUCAAACGAGUGCUAAGUUCAUGUUACACUCACGAAACAUCGCAGGCGCAG